CCUACGUCCGAUACGAUACCUACUUGAUUUGGUUUGCCAAUAAGUAAUAACCAUUUGUUACCAUCUGUUCUGUUGUGGUUCUGUUUUGUAUUUGUUUUGGAUAAAUCUACAAUGAGCCCUGUUGAAAGUGUGCCUGUCGCUGUGUUAGGUCAUGUCGACGACUAUGUUGAACUACUUUACGAUGACAUUCCUGAAAAAAUCAAAGGGUCCGCGCUUAUUUUGCAACUUGCACGAAAUCCAGACAAUUUAAUUGAGCUUGCAAGAAAUGAAGCCCUAUUAAGUGCUUUAUCGAGAGUUUUGAGAGAGGAAUGGAAAAGAAGUAUUGAGCUAAGUACCAACAUAGUGUAUACAUUUUUCUGCUUCUCAACAUAUGUUGAGUUUCACUCAGUUAUAAUUCAGUACAAAAUUGGCUCUCUAUGUAUGGAUGUUAUAGAUUAUGAGCUGAAAAGAUAUGAUCAGUGGAAGGAAAAAGUUGAAGGCAAAAAACCAGUUCUUACACCAGACAAAAAUGAAUUACCAAAGAGCCGUAUACCAGAACCAAAACGAAGACCAAAAUCAGGAACAUGGGCUGUGGCUGACGUCAACAUACAAAAAACUCGCUCUGUAGUUUCUAGUUACCAUGAAGACUUGUGCAAUGCCUCUGAUGAAUUUCUGUCAAAAAACGAUGAAGAACAAAUGAAGAGAAAACUGAAGACUCUGUCAAAAAGACAGGAACAGUUACUCAGAGUUGCUUUUUACAUGCUGCUAAACAUAGCAGAUAACGUUAAAGUGGAAGAAAAGAUGCACAAGAAGGAUGUGGUCGGCUUACUGAUUGGGGCUAUGGAAAGACAUUCUAACAUUGAUCUCCUUAUACUUAUUGUUUCAUUUUUGCAAAAGUUAUCCAUAUUUGUUGAAAACAAAAAUGCUAUGGCUACAAAAGGUAUCAUUGAGAAACUAGCCCCAUUGUUAGACUCUCCCAAUGCUGAUUUAAUAAAUGUCACCUUGAAACUCCUGUUUAACUUGACUUUUGACACUAAAUUACGCAACAAGAUGGUGAAAGUCAAUCUACUGCCAAAGCUUAUACAGUUCACAAGUGACGAUAAACACAUCAAUUUGGCGAUGAAAAUUCUUUAUCAUUUAAGCUUGGAUGAUCGGGUUAAAGUCAUGUUUACUCAAUCAGACUGUGUCAAACUAUUAACUGAUAUGCUACUACUGAAUGUGAACAGCGAAGUGAGCUGUGAGGGCGGGCCGGGCACCACGGACGUGCUGCUGGCUCUGUGCGUCAACCUGGCGUGGAGCGAGCGCGCCGCGCAGCAGAUGGCGGCCGAGGGCCGACUGCGCGAGCUCCUCGCGAGGGCCUUCCGACACCGCAAUGCGAUGCUCAUGAAACUUGUGCGCAAUUUGUCGCAUCAUGUGCAGAAUAAGCCUCUCUUUGUGGAGUUCGUCGGCGACAUCGCGGACGCCGUGACCGGCGGCAACGCACCGGAAGAGUUCGUGAUCGAGUGCAUGGGGACUCUGAGCAACAUACUGACCGUGAACAACAACAUCGACAUAUUCGCCGUGGCGGAGCGCUACUCGCUCGUGGCGUGCGUGCUGCGCCUGCUGGACGGCGACGCGGAGCUGGCGCUGGAGGCGGCGGUGGCGGCGGGCGCGCUGGCGGCGGACGAGCGCGCGGCCGCCGCACUGGCGGCGCGCGCGGGUGGCGCGCUGGUGGCCGCGCUGCGCCGCCGCCAGGCCGACGACGAGCACGUGCUGCAGACCGUGUUCGCUUUCCGGCAGCUGCUGUCGCACCCGCGCGCCGCGCACUGCCUCGUCACCCGAACCGAGGCUCCAGCUUACUUGAUCGAUCUAAUGCAAGACAAGAAUGCUGAAAUACGAAAGAUGUGCGAUUCUUGUCUCGACAUUAUUUCUCAAAUGCAAAACGAUUGGGCGGCAAGAAUUAAGGUGGAGCGGUUCCGGUGCCACAACGGGCAGUGGCUGUCGGUGGUGGAGACGCUGGGCGCGGAGGGCGGCGCGGGCGACGCGCCCGACGACCUGCCGCCCUACCUGUCCGCCGCCUACCUCACCACGCACCGCCUCACCACCACCAGCUCCGAUUCGCAGAUUUCUCUGAACGACGAUUCAGACAGCUUCUCUGGAGAAGUUGACUUCAAUCGUGCAAAUAGCAGGAAUACUCAAGAUGGACAAAGUGACGAGCUCUUGGGGCUUUCAGACUCGUUAUCAGGGAAAACGUCAGAAGAUGAAACACUUUUUACAAAGAGCCUUAAUGUAUUCGCUUAGAGCCUUGUAAUAUUGGGAGGCAUACAUUGUAUAGCAUACACAACGCGUGCCUUUAUUUCAGGCAGGCGUGGUGUCUAGCAAAAUAUAUUAACCGAGCCGAUGAUGUAUUGUGGUAUUUAUUGGUACAUUUCUCCGUGCGUUUCUCCAUAAAACGUUACAGGAUGAUGGACUACUAUUUUUGUUGUAGAUCUUAAUCUAAGCUUGUUAUUAAAUUAAAGACACCUGGAUUGAGAGUAAAUCAUAAAAUUAUUAAAUAAUCACAGACAUGAACUUUGUCUGAAGACAAGCAUAAAAGUGCUCUGGCACAUUGAUUCUAGAAUCAUGACGUAUUUCGUUGCAAGUCGCUUGCAACACACCACACCACAGUAAUUAUGCCUGUAGCUUGAAUAAUUAUAAAUUUAGGAGCCUUGAAACAUCUCCAUUUUAAGACUACUUUGGGGGAAAUUAAACUAAAUUAAAUAAAUUGCAAAUUGUAAAAAUAUUUAAAAAUACAUAAAAAUGACUAGUUUCUUUAUAUAAGUAUAGCAAUUGUUAUUCUAGCCAUACUUAUUCUAGAACGAAUUACAGUUUGUUGUGAAAGUACUUCCUGUAAAAAAAAAACUUGUUUCGCUUUGGAACAUGUGCGAAACAUGCUUAUUUAUGCGAAAUAAAAAAAUAAAGCUAAUUUGGAUAGAAGCAGGCGUUGGAAGUCCGCAAUGUAAGGAACCACAUGCUCAAUUUGCUAUAAUCCAAAACAGUUCCAUUAACAACAGAUUAGUGCAGAUUUGUCUGUUUUAGUGAAUUAGAACGAAUUAAGCUUGUGGUUCCUUGGCUAACACGCAUAUUUGCCACGCUAACGUCAGGCUAGCAGCUGGUGCACUUUUGUAAUAGAAUUGCUUUUAUCUGAUGUACCUAAUGUAAUGUGAUACAUUUAUUUAGUUCUUAUCAGUAUUAAAUAAUUUAAAGAA